UCUCUCUCCGAUUCUCGGCCGCCCGACGACGACGAUUCGUGGUAGAAGGCGAUCUCCGGGAACCAGAUCCACCGCCGCCGUCAGACCGCCUCCGAUUUCGAGAUCCCGAUCUCCAUAGAGAAUGGCGUCCUCAGCGGCUGCGUCGUCAGGGUGGUACAGAGGGAAAGUCAAAGCUGUACCUUCAGGGGACUGCUUGGUGAUUAUGGCCAUCACGGCUAACAGGUCCGGACCCCCACCGGAAAAGACCCUCACUUUAUCCUCUCUUAUUGCUCCCAGAUUGGUAAACACCUUACCUAUAGGUGGUAUUGAUGAGCCAUUCGCGUGGGAAAGCAGAGAGUUUCUGAGGAAGCUCUGCAUAGGAAAGGAGGUUACUUUCAGGGUGGAUUAUACGGUACCGUCGAUAGGGCGGGAAUUUGGCUCUGUUUUCCUUGGCGACAAAAAUGUUGCAAUUCUGGUUGUUUCUGCAGGCUGGGCUAAGGUCAGAGAGCAGGGUCAACAGAAGGGAGAAGCGAGUCCUUACCUUCCAGAAUUGCUACGUCUCGAAGAGCAAGCCAAGCAAGAAGGUCUUGGUCGCUGGAGCAAGGUUCCUGGUGCUGCUGAGGAAUCUAUUAGGAAUCUGCCUCCCUCUGCCCUCGGGGAUCCUAGCAACUUGGAUGCCAUGAGUUUGUUGGCAGCAAAUAAAGGAAGUUCUUUGCAAGGUAUUGUUGAACAGGUUCGAGAUGGCAGCACUGUUCGGGUCUAUUUGCUUCCAGACUUUCAGUUUGUCCAAGUGUUCGUAGCGGGAAUUCAGGCUCCUUCAGUGGGAAGAAGAGCCACAGUGGACGCUGUUGUUGAAGUAGAGAGGAACUCUGAUGCAAAUGGAGAUGCUUCUGCUGAAACUCGAGCUCCUCUAACUUCUGCACAAAGAGUUGCAGCUUCAACAGCGGCAUCAAAUGAAGUUGGUGAUCCGUUUUCAGCAGAAGCCAAACAUUUUACAGAGAUUCGUACUUUGAACAGAGAUGUCCGAAUCGUCCUGGAAGGUGUUGACAAAUUCAGCAAUUUGAUUGGCUCAGUCUAUUAUUCUGAUGGGGAAACAGCAAAAGACCUUGCACUGGAGCUUGUGGAAAAUGGUCUCGCAAAAUAUGUCGAGUGGAGUGCGAACAUGAUGGAGGAUCAGGCUAAGAAGCGUCUGAAGGAUGUAGAACUUAAAGCAAAGAAAGAUAGGUUGAAGAUUUGGACUAACUAUGUAGUUCCUUCUACAAAUUCAAAGGCAAUAAACAAAAAGUUCAAGGGAAAGGUUGUCGAGGUUGUUAGUGGAGACUGCAUCAUCGUGGCUGAUGAGGAUCUACCAUAUGGAAGUCCAGCAGCAGAGCGGCGAGUCAAUCUGUCAAGUAUUAGGUGUCCAAAACUAGGCAAUCCUCGCAGAGAUGAAAAACCUGCCCCUUAUGCUCGUGAAGCAAAAGAAUUUCUGAGAACACGCGUGCUUGGAAAACAAGUAAAUGUUGAAAUGGAGUAUUCUAGGAAGGUCAGUCUGGCAGAUGGACCUGCAGCUGCAACUGGAAUUGCAGAUCGGGAGAUGGAUUUCGGAUCAGUCUACGUAGCUGGUGAUGAUGCCUCAGGAACAGCUUCGUCUACUGGUGGCAACCAGCCAAAUGGUCUAAAUAUUGCGGAGCUGUUGGUUGGACGUGGCUUUGCCACUGUGAUUAGACAUCGUGAUUUUGAGGAAAGAUCAAAUCAGUAUGAUGCCCUGCUUGCUGCAGAAUCACGUGCAAUUUCUGGGAAGAAAGGAAUCCAUUCUGCCAAGGAUCCUCCAGUUAUGCACAUCACGGACCUGCUUUCGGCAUCUUCCAAAAAAGCAAGAGACUUUUUGCCAUUCCUGCAUCGGGCUAGGAAGAUUCCUGCCGUGGUGGAAUAUGUCCUCAGUGGUCAUCGUUUUAAACUGUUGAUUCCCAAGGAAACAUGCAGCAUUGCAUUCGCCUUAUCUGGUGUCCGCUGUCCUGGUCGUGGUGAGCCCUAUUCAGAAGAGGCAAUUGCUCUAAUGAGGAGGAAAAUAAUGCAGAGGGAUGUUGAGAUUGAAGUAGAAACUGUUGAUAGAACUGGAACUUUCUUGGGGUCUCUGUGGGAGUCGAAGAAAAAUGUGGCUAUAACACUCCUUGAAGCUGGCUUGGCAAGACUGCAAACUUCCUUUGGCAGUGACAGGAUCCCUGAUGCCCAUCUUCUUGAACAAGCUGAGCAAUCUGCCAAAAGGCAGAAGCUCAAAAUUUGGGAGAAUUAUGUUGAGGGAGAGGAAGUCCCGAGUAACGGUUCAGCUGCUGAAAGCAAACAAAAGGAAGUGCUAAAGGUAGUGGUUACAGAAGUUUUGGGUGGUGGCAAAUUUUAUGUUCAGACAGUUGGGGAUAAAAAUAUCGCAUCUAUCCAACAGCAGUUAGCGUCCUUGAAUCUUCAAGAAGCUCCCGUCAUUGGAGCUUUUAACCCUAAGAAGGGCGACAUUGUCCUCGCUCAGUUUAGUGCUGAUAAUUCCUGGAACCGAGCAAUGAUUGUGAACGCACCUCGUGGGGCCGUUGAAUCUCCCAAAGACCAGUUUGAAGUAUUCUACAUUGAUUACGGAAAUCAAGAGGUUGUUCCUUACAGUCAUUUACGGCCUAUUGACCCUUCAGUGUCUGCUGCACCUGGUCUCGCUCAGCUCUGCAACCUUGCGUACAUAAAGGUUCCGAGCGUGGAAGAAGAUUUUGGUCAAGAAGCAGCUUUGUAUUUGAGUGAGCAGACAUUAAGCAAACCAACAGAGUUUAGGGCCAUGGUGGAGGAAAGAGACGCUUCAGGAGGAAAAGCUAAAGGUCAGGGAACCGGGCCAAUCAUUAGCGUGACUCUUGUUGCUGUGGAUGCUGAAAUCAGUAUAAAUGCUGCCAUGCUUCAGGAAGGGCUGGCUAGGUUAGAGAAAAGGAGGAGAUGGGGUUCAAAGGACAAACAGUUGGCCUUUGAGAACUUGGAGAAGUUCCAGGAAGAAGCCCGGACCGAUAGACGGGGGAUGUGGUGCUAUGGGGACGUCCAGUCCGACGACGAGGACACCGCUCCUCCAGUUAGGAAAGCUGCUGGCCGGCGGUGAAUGCAACUUUUAGACGGUGGAGUUAAAAAUUUAAACUUAGAGAAGAGGCAACCGUAUGGCCUAAGGAUGAGUGUAAGUUAUAGCAUAAUUAUUCGCAUCUAGAGACAUACAAAGGCACCCCGAGGAAAAAAAAUAAUAAAAAAAAAGGAUGUUGAAGCAUCGAUUUGCUUUAAGUUUUGUUUUUGUUUGCGAAUUUAAAUUUAUCUUUUUUAACAGAGAACAAUUUUUUUCACUCGUUUUAAUAAAUGUGAGACAAUUUUGUUUUCGUCCGA